AUGGGAGCCGGCUCGAGUCAAACCGCGCAUCAGCAGCAUCGUCGGUCGCAGCCAGCCAGGCCGCCGCAGUACUACCCGCCCGUCCCCUACUCCGUCCCCGCAGGCGCCGUUCCGCAAGCCCCAUAUGGCCAUGCGCCGUAUCCCUACGGAUACGCGUACCACCCGCAGGCCGGCGGCGGAGUGUCUCCCUCUUCGUGGCAGCACAACCCGCACUAUCCGCAUCCUCCGCCCGCCGCGCCGUGGUACGGCGGAUAUCCCGGGCACGCGCCACCGCCAUACCAGGUCCCGGUUCCGCCGAUGAUGCCGGUGCCGCCUCCGCCGGUGGUAGCGGAGCCGCAGCAAGCGGUGACGAUACGGAACGAGGUGAACGUGAAGCGCAGCUCGCUGCGGUUGCUACGCGACCCGGCAGAUCCCAGCAAGCACCUCGUCGCCUUCACCUUCGACGCCACCACCAGCGGCAGUGUGAGCGUGUUCUUCGCGGCGCAGGAGGGCGAGGGGUGCAGCCUCAGGGGGGUGUAUCCGCACGUGCACACGCCAACGGUCGUGCGAUUCGCCAAGGGUCUCGGUCAGAAGUUCGUGCAGCCGUCAGGCACGGGCGUCGACCUCUCGUGCAUCCCAGAAGAGCACCUCUUUAGGGUUUCAGGCCCCAACCCCGUGUUUCCGCUCGUUAUUCGCACCCGCGUCGAGCCCAGAACAACGAAACCCGCGACAGUAGCAUCGGGGAAUAGUAACGGUAGCAGCGGUGUCAGUAACGUUCAGUCCAGCGCGCCCGCGAGCGCGUCGUCGUCGGAGCCGUGCUCCGCCGGCAGCAGCCAUGGCGUAGAAUCAUGCGACUCGGAUCCAGGCUCUCCACUGCCCCCGUCGGUUCAGUCUCAGAUGACCUACGCUGUGUUUGAGAAGGCCGCUGUAACGCGUACGGAGAAAGAGGGAGAAGGGGAGUCGGCGGAGGGCGAUAAGGAGGGGAAGGGCACAGGGGAGCUGCCCGGGCUGUACGUGGUGCGGCCGGUGAAGCAGAAGAUCUGGGUGGAUGGCACCAGCUACGAGGUGCAGGAGAUCUACGGCAUCGAGCAGUGCGGGCGGGCCAACAUGGGCAGGAGCAAAAAGGGCGAGGCAGAGGGAGCGGGGGGUGAGGGGUCGGCAUUGGGGGGGGGCGAGGAGGAGGAGGAGGACGAGGUGGCGGGCAAGGAGUGUGUGAUCUGCAUGUCCGCGCCCAGAGACACCACCGUGCUGCCCUGCCGCCACAUGUGCAUGUGUGCGGACUGUGCCAAGGUGCUGCGGUACCAGACCAACAAGUGCCCCAUCUGCCGCCAGCCCGUGCAAUCAUUGCUCGAAAUCCGAGUGCCGCCCAGACUGCCCUCGCUGGACGGGCCUGAGCCGACUUCUCCUGAGGCGCAGGGAGAAGCAGCGGCGGGGAGGCAGGGGCAUGGAGAGGUGCGUGCAGGGCCUCCACUGGUAGGGUCGGGCGGCCGUGCCGAUCCUAGGUCUGCAGCGGCUCAUGCGGGCAGUGGUGCUGCUGAGGAAGGAGGUUCCCGGGGGCAUGGUGAGGCGAGCAGAGGGGUGGAUUCAGCGGCAGGGAGGAGCGUAGGUGUGAGGGGCAGUGGUGGAGGAGAGGAGCCGGGUGGCAGUGCUGAUGUGGCAGGGUUGGCUGAUCAAAAGUGCUCUCGUGCAAAUUCUGUUCUCCGUUGGCCCAUGAACAACGCAGACCGCACCAGCGACGCCACGCAGUGCUCUGGCCCGGGGUGUUCGUCGGUGGGGUGCGGGCUGUUCGAGGAGGUGGGGCCGUGGCGCGUCGCGUCCAAGGCGGGCGCCGCGCUUCUCUACAACAAAUACGCCUGGAACCGACUGGUGAACAUAGUGUUCCUGGAGUCGCCCGUGGGCGUGGGGUAUUCGUACUCCACGGACGCGGCCGACUACACCACCGACGACGACCAGACAGCGAAGGACAACCACGCGUUCCUGGUGGGGUUCGUGGCGCGGCACCCGCGGUUCGCGCGGAGAGAGUUCUACAUCGCGGGGGAGAGCUACGCGGGCCACUACAUUCCGCAGCUCGCCGCCCGCAUCAUCGAGCAGAAUCAGAUCGACGGCGGCACGCGGCUCAACCUGGACUUUUCGGGGAUCUUCCUGGGCAACCCGUUUGUGAACUAUGCACAUGACACCAAGGGCCCCAUCCAGUUCUUCUACGACCACGGCAUGCUCAGCUCCGACCUCUACAACGACGCCAUCAAUUGCGACUUCUCAUACAGCGCCACCAACCUGGAGUGCCGCUACCACAUCAACUCCGCCUUCUCGCCCUGGUACGAGCCAAUCGACCCCUACAACAUCUACGCGCCCUACUGUCUGGCGGACAUCUCAUCAGCGCGCCUCUCCGCCUCAGCGCGCAUGAACCCGCGCCUGCGCUUCUCCAUGGCCGCACUGCAGGCCGCCAUCCAGCAGCAGCAGCAGCGGGCGCUGGAGCAGCAGCAGGCAGCGGCGCAAGCACAAGCAGCCGCAGGGGGUGGGGAGGUGGCGGCACCAAGCGGUGCAGGGAGCAGCAGCGGAGCGGGGGUGAGUGGCAAGGCGAUGGACCCUCUAGACAACCCCGCGUGCAUGGACGCGUGGGUGCAGCGCUACCUGCGCUCGCCCGCCGUCUACAGGACCCUCCGUGCGCCCGCUAUCCGCGCCUCCCAGUGGAGCCUCUGCUCCAACAGCAUAGACUACAGUGCGACCAACCAGGGCAGCGACAUCAUCCCCACCAUCGCGGCGCUGCUGGACCACCCCAUCCGCUUCUGGAUCUUCUCGGGCGAUGCGGACAGUGUGGUACCGUUCACAGGCACGCGCGUGUGGAUAGACGCGCUGGGGCUGCCCGUCAUGCAGCCGCAGUACCCCUGGCUCAUGCCCUCGGGCCAGGUGGGCGGGUGGGCGACGCAGUAUGACAAGCUAACAUGGGUGACAGUGAGGGGGGCGGGGCACCAGGUGCCCACAGGCAGGCCCGAGGAGGCGUUUGUGCUCUUCCAGUCCUUCCUCCUCGCCCAGCCCCCACCCAGCACUGCUCAAUGGUGA